AUUUCGCGUUCCCAGGGUAACAGGACGCGACAUUACCACCUACAUGAAUGCGCACGUCCAGCCAGGCAGCUGCGUGCGCGUCAUAGAAACGGAGUGAACGCAUGGGUGAGCAUCUCCGGAUAAACUCACAAGUGCGGCACAUGCAGAGGAGAUGCGCGAGCUGCGGACAGCUCUCUACUUCAACCAAUACAUGAUCGCUCGCAAACCGCCGAACUAAUUGGAGAACAAUUGCACGUUUUACCAGUCUUUUAGGUAUUUAAAACUUGUAACUGACAGUGUAAUAUUGUUUACAAUUGAUGCAUAGCAAAAAAUAGACUAAAAUGUCAGUAAACUAGUGCGGAUGAACGGCGGAUAAAUCUUUUUCUUUUCUUUAAAGUUUAAAUCUCCGCUGGAUGGCUACUUUCAACUAACUUUGCUCCGAAUGUUGGAUAUGGAUAACAGUCCUUGGAAUUGACUCCAGUCUUGUUUAUCAUGACUGCAAUAAAUCAUAUGCGUUACUGGAUUACUUUUCCAAAUCACCGCUAUUUGAUUUAAAUCUGAUUAGGAUACCAAGACGCGCGUUUGUGGCGCGCACUCAGUUUUAAGAAUAGACUUCAUCUACCAUCUACAUCUCGCCGGUAUGGUGCGCUUGUUGAACUGCCUCUUGUUGGGGUAUCUUACGUGGAAUCUACGGAUAUCGGAUGCCCAGGGAGAGUACUGCCACGGAUGGCUGGACACCAGUGGGAAUUACCACGAGGGUUUUCAGUGUCCGGAGGACUUUGAUACUAUGGACGCGACUGUGUGCUGCGGGACCUGCGCGCUGCGCUACUGCUGCGCGGCCGUGGAUGCGCGCCUGGAUCAGGGGACCUGCACGAAUGACAGAGAAGUGGAGAAUAACACUCAAUACGCUGCCCAGCCCAUCUAUGUGCCCUUUCUUAUGGUGGGCUCAAUCUUCGUGGCGUUCGUGGUUGUCGGUUCUCUAGUGGCCGUGUAUUGCUGCACCUGCCUGCGACCCAAACAGCCCACCCAGCAGCCGAUCCGCUUCUCACUGCGCAGUCAGGGCGAAACCAUUCCCAUGAUCCUCACCACAGCUCCGCCCAGUCUCCGGACACCAUCCCGGCAGUCCAGCACGGCCACCACCAGCUCCAGCUCAGCGGGGGGCGGGAGCUCUCUCCGUCGCUUCUCUCUGGGCCGGGUCGAUGGGCAGUGUUCUCAACAGCAGCAGCUCUUAAUGGUCUCCUCUUCCUCAUCCUCGACUCCAGUUUCAGUGGCUCCAACCCAAGCCCUGCUCCUCCCACCACCCCCACCACCCUACAACUCCCAACAGGGCAGUAACUCUCUCCAGCACCCACACAGCCACGGUCAGUUACAGCUGCACCACCAGAGCCUACACCUGGCACAGAGCUCAGGGUUCCUCUUGCCACAACAGUACUUCUUUUCCCUACCCCAAGAUCCGUUUUCUGGGAACAAGGGCUUUGCGGACUUCAGCCAGAGCUGACCUGGGGCUUGUUGGUUGCUGGGAAAUGCAUAAACGGAGAUGGACACCAAAGAGCCAGACUUUUACAAUGGUGUUGUUGUAGACUCAUAUUACAGGCCCGAUACAUCUUUCAGCGAGCGAGAUUGGCACUUGUGGGACUGCAACUGGAAUUAAAGAGAGCUGUGUGGGUGCUCCAGGCAGCUAUGACUGGCUAGAUAGUCGAGCUUGAGGUAUGGCUUUGCAGUAACGCAAAGAACAAAAUGUUGGCUGGAAUGAGACAAACAUUUAAGUCUUGGAUAGCAGAGCAUACGAUACUAGAACUUGGAUGCUUACUUCAAAGCACAUACGUCUACUAUUCAUCAUAUCUCUUAUGCACUUUCGGUCUGUUUACAUGAUAAAGAGUUCUCUAAUGUUGGAAAAUACCAGUCUUAUGUGACAUCUUGCUGGAUCAUUAAUUCACAAUAAGGAAUUGUGAAAAAAUGUUUCUCGACAAUCUCAGCCCCAUUUUAGGGGUAGGGCACACAAACAGUGCCUUCUAGGAAAUGGUGGAUUUCUAGGAAUGCUUGUUGCUUGUAUUUUCUGAUAGGAUCAGAUUAAAGAUUUAAUUACAAGACAAAGAUUAUUUUGUCCAAGGGAAACAGGCAAAGCGCUUGUUUAUUAUAUUUGCUUCAUAAAUGGACACCACGGACCACAUUCUGUUCUUAACUUCAAAUGAAUGAAACACAGCUAUCGCUAGGACAGUUUCUAUUUUCGAUGUUCUGGUGAAAGCUUCCAUUUUGUAUAAUUUGUAACAAUCUGAAAGCCAUUAUCGACUUACAUUGGCAAAACAUUUUGUAUUUGUUAUAUUUUAUGGGCGAGGUUUUGUAAAUGGCCGUGUGUUUAUAAAUGUACAGACCACCUGGAACGACAUCAUGGGGUAGCAGAGGGGGCCUUUAACUAAGUAUUAAAUUCACUAACCAACAGUGUUUUCAAGUUAAAUUAAACCAUUUUUUCCCUUUGACCUGUGGUUCUUUUGACUAAUCGCUUCGUUACAAAAACAGUUUUCCCAAUAUUUCAGAUCGAAAAGGAUGUGGAUGACACAUUUAAAGAAACCUUAAAGAAAUCACUUAAAUAAAAACGUCUAUUAAGAAUCAAUUACAUUCCCAAAUCCUGUUAGUCAGAAUGGGGAAAUUUUAGUCAUUCUUACAUAUGGAGUCUUGAAUAUGUCUAGGCACACAAUCUCUGGAUAGAUUUACAAAUAACCAACAUAAAUCAACUGCUGUUAUUGGAAUAACAAUUCUAUUACGUCACUGACCAACAUCACAGUGAUGAUAUAUUAUAUAUCAUAACUACAACAGUGAUGCCAUCUAUUUAAAUAGUACUGACAUAUCACUGCCUUUUUCUGUUUAGAUUGAUGUGAUCAUUUAGAGUAGCGAUAUCAAAGAAAUUUGACUGAAAAUUCUGCACAACACAGAUGAUAAAUACAGUACUAUGGUACUAGUAUAUUCCUAUACUUGACUGCUGUAUUCUGUAUCAGAGAGUAAAAGCUAA